GCAAGUGUCUGGCUACAAGGAUGCCAUGCACCAGAGCUUUUCCACAUACGACCAAGCCUGGGACGCUUUCAAGAAACAUUUCACUGUUGCUGUUGCAGAUGGAAUUGAGCCUGUCAUUGUCUCUCCUGUGACUAGGUCACCCAGGCAGCAGCAACAGCAAGGCAGCAGUUCGGCACAGAGGCUCAGCACCUCCUAUUGGUGCCAGCCUGUCUCUCCGGAUGAGCCAACAAUGUCUCCAGUGACUAGAAGAAGGGAAACACUCAGGCAGCAGCAGCAGCUAGCAAGCUGUUCGGCACACAGUCUCAGCACCUCACAUGCAGUGGAGGGUAGCAGUGUUGCCCCUCAGGAAGCACAUUACGUGGAGUCUUACCUGGAUGCAUUGGAGCAGGAGAACGCUGCAUUGAAGCAGGAGAACGCUGACUUGUGCAGGCAACUUCAGGAAUACAAGGAACAGAAGGACAAGAUGGAAGCUGAACUUCAUGAGUGUUUGAUCACGAUGAUGAAGAAAGUGAAAACAUAGUAGGCUGCAGGGUAGUGAUCUGCAGGGUAGUGAUCUUUGUGAUUGGCUGUUGCUGCUGUCAUGUAGGCGUAGUUGUUCCUUUUGUGAUGAUGAAUUGAUGUUAACAAACUAUGAACUGGUCGGUCUCUAAUUGUCACUUUCCUGGACACU